AUGAGCACUCUCAAGUCGCAAGCCAUGCAAGUGGUCACGCGCGAGGGAACACUCGAGCCCCUCGACAUCUCCAUCGUCAGGAAGCGCCUGGAGGGACUCUCCUUCGGCCUCAACCUCGACUUCGUCAACCUGGAUAUCGUCGUGCAUAAGGUCGAACAGGGCGUACACGACCGCAUCACCACUGCCGAGUUAGAUAACCUAGCCGCUGAAACAUGCGCCUACAUGGUAACGCUCUCCGUUAUUCAGAACAUCGUCCACCCUCACUACAGUAUUUUGGCUGCGCGGGUCGCUGUCGACAAUCUCCGAAAGCAGACUAAGACUUCCAUCCGUGAUGUGGCUCACCAGCUCUACAACUGCAAAGAUAAGUGCGGUCGCGAGGCGUCUCUCUUAGACAAGCAGGUAUACGAGAUUAUCUGCGCUAACUAUGAGCGCCUAGAUGCAGCCAUUGACUUCAAGAGAGACUUUGGCUUUGACUUCUUCGGCUUCAAGACUCUGGAGAGGUCCUACUUGCUGAAAGUGGACGGCAAGAUCGUGGAGAGGCCACAGCACAUGCUAAUGCGAGUGGCGGUAGGCAUUCAUGGAGAAGACAUUGAACAAGCGAUUCAAACCUAUGACCUCAUGAGUCGCAAGUACUUCACCCAUGCAACUCCAACUUUGUUCAAUUCAGGCACUCCUCACCCUCAAAUGAGCAGCUGCUUCCUUCUCACGAUGAAAGGCGACUCAAUCGACGGCAUCUACGACACCCUCACCCAGUGCGCCAAGAUCUCCAAGUCUGCUGGAGGUAUUGGAGUCUCCAUUUCCAACAUCCGCGCCCGUGAUUCUUACAUUCGCGGAACCAAUGGCGCCUCUAACGGCAUCGUUCCCAUGCUCAGAGUCUACAACGACACUGCCCGCUACGUCGACCAAGGAGGAGGUAAGCGCAAGGGAUCCUUUGCCAUGUACCUUGAGCCAUGGCACGCUGACAUCUUCGAGUUCCUAGACCUUAAAAAGAACACUGGAAAAUAGGAGAACAGAGCUAGAGAUCUGUUCUACGGACUCUGGAUUCCUGACCUAUUCAUGCGUAGGGUCAUCAGAGAUGAAUUAUGGACUCUCAUGUGUCCUAACGAGUGCCCAGGAUUGCCUGAGACUUGGGGAGAGGAAUUUGAAGCUUAUCAACGUUACGAGAGUGAAGGUAAGGGAAGAAAGACAUUCAAAGCCAGAUAGUUGUGGCAGGCAAUCGUGGAUUCCCAGAUUGAGACUGGAACUCCCUACAUGCUUUACAAGGACAGCUGCAACCGCAAAUCAAACCAACAACACUUGGGAACCAAAUCCAGCAACCUUUGCACUGAAAUCAUUGAAUAUACUUCCCCUGAUGAGGUGGCUGUCUGCAACUUGGCCUCCAUUUCUCUACCAGCGUUUGUCGACCGCACUACCCUUACCUUUAACUACCAGUAGCUGAUCAAGAUUGCCCGUGUUUGCACUCGCAACCUCAACAAGAUCAUCGAUAGAAACUACUACCCCGUCGAAUAAGCCAAGCGCAGUAACCUCCCAAGGCCCAUCGGUAUCGGAGUGCAGGGACUUGCUGACGUCUUCCAAAUCAUCGGAAUCAGCUUCGAAUCCAAAGAGGCUGCCGAACUCAACGGCAUCUUCGAAAGCAUCUACUACGGAGCAGUGAUGGAAUCAAUCCAGCUUGCCAAGGAGGAAGGACCUUACCCAACAUACCAAGGCUCGCCUGCAUCCAAAGGACUUCUCCAGUUCGAUCUUUGGAACUAUGAGCCCAAGUUAGGCGGCUAUGAUUGGGCAGCUGUCAAGGAGGAUCUCAAGCAGUAUGGCAUGCGCAACAGUCUCCUUCUGGCUCCCAUGCCCACUGCCAGCACCAGCCAGAUCCUAGGAAAUAACGAGACAUUUGAGCCAUACACUGCCAAUGUCUACACCCGCAGAGUCCUCGCAGGAGAAUUCGUAUGUAUAAACCGCAACCUGAAUCUCUGGACUCCUGAAAUUCGCAAUCGGCUUAUUGCUGAAAACGGUUCCAUUCAAGGAAUUACUGAAAUCCAGGAGGGACGUGAAGUGUUCAAGACAGUCUGGGAAAUCAGCCAAAAAGAGAUCAUCAACCUUGCUCUGAACAGAUCGCCUUUCAUCGAUCAGAGCCAGUCUCUAAACAUCCACCUGGCAGAACCCAGCUACUCUAAGAUGUGCUCAGUCCACUUCUACGCUUGGGAGAAGGGCCUAAAGACAGUGUACUACCUCCGCAGCAGACCAGCUGCAGAUCCCAUCAAAUUCACAGUCGAUGUGGAGGCGCUGCUGAAAGAGGCAGGCGAGAUCAUCAAAGAAGAGGAAGACGUCAACGUGAUGAAAGAACGCAGGGAUAACAGCCUACUCGAAGCUGAGAACGCAGCCAGCAAGAAGUUCAAACCCAACGUUCAGCCAUAG